AUGAUGUUACCAAGCCCGGUCACCUCCACCCCUUUCUCAGUCAAAGACAUUUUGAAUCUGGAGCAGCAGCACUUCCACGGAGCUCACUUGCAGGCGGAUUUGGAACACUUCCACCCGGCGCCCUGUAUGCUGGCCGCAGCUGAGGGGACACAAUUUUCUGAUGCAGGGGAGGAGGACGAAGAAGAAGAGGGAGAGAAACUGUCUUAUUUGAACUCACUAGCUGCUGCGGAUGGCCACGGAGAUUCAGGUCUCUGUCCCCAGAGCUAUGCCCAUACAGUCCUUCGAGACUCCUGCAGCGGGCCCAAAGAACAGGAGGAGGAGGUCGUGAGGGACCGGAGCCAAAAAAGCUGCCAGCUGAAGAAGUCUCUGGAGGCGGCGGAAGACUGCAAGGUGACUGAGGACAGCGAGAGGCCCAAGCCACGCAGCCGCCGGAAGCCCCGAGUCCUCUUCUCGCAAGCCCAGGUCUUCGAGCUGGAACGCAGGUUCAAGCAGCAGCGGUACCUGUCGGCGCCGGAGCGCGAGCAUCUCGCCAGCAGCCUGAAGCUCACGUCCACGCAGGUGAAAAUCUGGUUCCAGAAUCGCAGGUACAAGUGCAAGAGACAGCGGCAGGACAAGUCUCUGGAGCUGGGGACGCAUGCCCCGCCGCCGCCGCCGCGCCGCGUGGCAGUCCCGGUGCUGGUGCGGGAUGGCAAACCGUGCGUGACGCCCAGCGCGCAGGCCUACGGCGCGCCCUACGGCGCCGGUGCCUAUUCCUACAACAGCUUCCCCGCCUACGGCUAUGGGAACUCGCCCGCCGCCGCCGCAGCCGCGGCCGCAGCCGCCGCAGCGGCCGCGGCCUACAGUGGCGGCUACGGCUGCGCGUACCCUACGGGCGGCGGCGGCGGCAGCGGCGGCGGGGCCUCUGCCGCAGCCACUGCCAUGCAGCCCGCCUGCAGCGCGACCGGAGGCGGAUCCUUUGUGAACGUGAGCAAUCUUGGAGGCUUUGGAGGCGGCGGCGGCGCACAGCCCUUGCACCAAGGUGCAGCAGCCGGGGCCGCGUGUGCACAGGGCACCUUGCAGGGCAUCCGGGCCUGGUGAGGACAGGGAGGGUCACGCGGCGGGCGUCCUACCGCAGCUUGGCGCCGCAGGAAUGAAGCGCGAGAAGGGCCAGACCCGAGGGCCAGGUCCCCUCGUUAAAAUAAAAUACACAAGCAUCGCAUCCCAGGGCGCAGGGGCGCUGCACACUCUAGGCCUGGGGGAUGGGGCUCAGGAGAGAGAAGGAUGCUCGGGUCCAAUCGCCCAGACUGUCUGAGACAGAAACACAGCUGGGCGCCAGGGAGGAGGAUGGCCUCCCACCUUAGCGCGGAGAGGAGCGGGAGGCUGGGACUCUGGCUGUCUAGUCCUCUCCCAAGGGCUUCUCUCCUUCGGCCUUCCCGUGGCCUCCGCGAAGCGUUGGCGGGGAACCUGGACCAAAAAAGAAAGAAAGAAAAAGAGAAAAGAGCAUGAAGAAGAGAGAAAUUGGGGUAGUGGCUUGGGAAAUUCUACCGAUCCGCUGUCCCCCCUUUGCCAACCCGGAGCGCCACACCACAAUUUCCAUUUUCCAACCGCCUCCCCAAGGCGAAAGACUCAGCCGGGAUCUCUGGAGGGUCAGAGGCCUGGAGACUCCGAGGACAACCAGCGCAGGGAGAUCAGAAGUUGGGGGAGGUAGGGAGCCCAGCAAAUCCAAGACCUGGUGGCCCUGCUUAGGUGUCUCCAGGUGCCCUUUCUGUUUUGUAUUCUGUAUUCAGCACACAUUAUCUCUCUAUAUAACUGUAUCCACGCGCCGUGUACACACCCGCUGUCUUACACUACAGGAGUCAAUA